GUACUUCAGUAAGGCGCGUAUCAAGCGGUUUGCCAGUUGUGUUGUUAGCUUGUCACUGAGCGAAGGGAACUCGCCAAUGAAAGAAAUCAACAGCUAAACUGUUUGCAAACAUCCGAGGGAUACCACGAGUAAAAAAGGAUGCCCCGGGAAAUUAUCACUUUACAGUUAGGACAGUGUGGCAACCAGAUUGGAUUUGAGUUCUGGAAGCAGCUGUGUGCAGAGCAUGGCAUCAGCCCAGAGGGCAUUGUGGAAGAGUUUGCCACCGAGGGCACUGACCGCAAGGAUGUCUUCUUCUACCAGGCAGAUGAUGAGCACUACAUCCCACGGGCAGUGCUGCUGGACUUGGAACCCAGGGUCAUUCACUCCAUAUUGAACUCCCCUUAUGCCAAUCUCUAUAACCCGGAGAACAUCUACCUUUCUGAACAUGGCGGUGGCGCUGGGAACAACUGGGCGAGUGGGUUCUCUCAGGGUGAGAAAAUCCACGAAGACAUCUUUGACAUCAUCGACCGAGAAGCAGAUGGCAGCGACAGCCUGGAGGGCUUUGUGCUGUGCCACUCCAUCGCCGGUGGAACAGGAUCGGGCCUGGGCUCCUAUCUGCUGGAGAGGUUAAACGACAGGUACCCCAAGAAGCUCGUGCAGACGUACUCGGUGUUCCCCAACCAGGACGAGAUGAGCGACGUGGUGGUGCAGCCCUACAACUCCCUGCUGACGCUCAAGAGGCUGACGCAGAACGCGGACUGCGUGGUGGUGUUGGACAACACGGCUCUGAACAGGAUUGCCACGGACAGACUACACAUCCAGAACCCUUCUUUUUCUCAAAUCAAUCAGCUGGUCUCCACCAUUAUGUCUGCCAGUACCACCACUCUACGCUACCCAGGCUACAUGAACAACGAUCUGAUUGGUUUGAUCGCCUCCCUCAUCCCUACGCCUCGCCUUCACUUCCUCAUGACUGGCUAUACCCCACUUACCACUGACCAGUCGGUGGCCAGUGUGAGGAAGACCACCGUGCUGGAUGUCAUGAGGAGGCUUCUGCAGCCUAAGAACGUUAUGGUUUCCACAGCCAGGGACAGACAGACCAACCACUGUUACAUCGCCAUCCUCAACAUUAUCCAGGGCGAGGUGGACCCCACACAGGUGCACAAAAGUCUCCAGAGGAUUCGAGAGAGGAAACUAGCCAGCUUCAUCCCUUGGGGACCCGCCAGUAUUCAGGUGGCCCUGUCGAGGAAGUCUCCGUACCUGCCUUCGGCCCACCGCGUCAGUGGACUGAUGAUGGCCAAUCACACCAGCAUCUCCUCUCUGUUCGAGCGCACGUGCCGGCAGUACGACAAGUUGCGGAAGCGCGAGGCCUUCCUGGAGCAGUUUCGCAAGGAGGACAUUUUCAAAGACAACUUCAACGAGCUGGACGACUCGCGUGAGGUGGUCCAGCAGCUGAUCGACGAGUACAGUGCCGCCACGCGCCCCGACUACAUCUCCUGGGGCUCCCAGGAACAGUGACCUCCUCACGACCUCUGCUUCUCUGCAUGUACCAUAGCGGUAGCCAGGCAUGUUGUCACGCAGUCCGGUGGCUUUCCCUCGGUCCGUACGACCACGUUAGGAGCUUCUAAGGCUCAAGUAAUUGAAGCUUCCCGCCCCCCUCCUUGGUUCCACACCCCGUGGGAUGUUGUGUACCUUUGCGCAGGGGUGGUCAACCCAGGGCCUGGAGAGCCGCAGGGUCUGUUAGUCUGCACUUAACUUUAAUUGAUCGAUUAACUCCCCUCACCGGGUUUCUAUGGUCUACACCAGGAAUGGGCAAGGAGGGCCGCAUCUCAUUUCAGACCAACUUCUGCUUAUUUAUUUAAUUAGCCCAAUCGUUUACAUGAUCUGUUCUUUUUAGCCACAUUCCAGGAUAUGAACAGCAGCUGAUAAAUGUUGUUGUAACAUUUUAUUGUGGUCUAAUUUACAAGGCAAGUGAAUUGGUCAUGGUGCAUAUGGUUAACUGCCCAUCCUUGGUCUUCACUGUAAGUGGUUGUUGUCUUUCAGGUGAGAACAAAAACCAGCAGACCCUACGACUCUCCAGCACCAAAGUUGGCCAACUCUGACUUAGUGCCUGAAUCUACUUUAUUGCAAUAUUAGCUACAUACAUUGGCCCCAGAAAUUAUUCACACCCUUGAAAAGAUGAGCAAAGGAUUUAUAAAAUGAGCAGUACUAGUAAUGAGCUACUAUAUAUUGUAUGCUCAAAAAUGGAAAAAUAGUUUUUACAUUACUCAUUUACUCAUAUUUGGUUUCACUAUGGUGGAUCUGAAAAAUGCCCCGUUUGUUAUUUCUAUUUGUACACUGUGUUGUAUCUUUUCUUAUGACCAUGUGAAAAUGCAUGGUCUUUAAUCCGUGCCCUGAAAAACUUGUUCCUUUAAAGGCUGUAGUGUGAAGGAUCUACAAUGUACUAUAACUUGUUUUCCUGUACAUGGCUGUUUCUUUUACAAUCAGAACCAACAACCAGAAAAAUCAAGAGAUCAUUUGUUUCACGUGCUGGUUCAAACAGCCAAACACAGCCAAACACAGGUGGAAGACUCAUGAAUAUUUCAGCAGCAAAUCUGGGUAUUUUUCUGUGGGCACAUACAAGAAGGGAAUAGACUUUCCAUGUUGUGGUUCUAGAUACAGCCAAGUUAUUACUUGUAGUUGUACUGAUUGCAAAUAGACUUGUGUAUUACAGUAGGACUAGCUGUGUAUGCUUGGAGAUUUACCACCUCAUUAAUGUGUGGAGUUUCCUCUACCUGCUAACUGCAUUCCUACCCACAUAAUCCUGAAGGGUUUAGUGUUAUUCGUGAUUCAGUGGUCACAUGACGUCCCUCUCAUUUGUAAUGGUGCAUUAAGCUCUAUACGCUGGAAAAUUGCAUACACCUGUGGUUCUAAACAUUUUGUGGUUCGGCUUGCAUUCUCAAGUGUUCAUAUUCAUUCAGGCUUGCAUGAUAAUCGAAUCCUUUCAAAAAGUUGCAAUAAAUUACAGCAAUUGUGGAAAGCCAAGAAUAGAUUGUAAUUUAGAACUGCAAGUCGGGCAAGACUAUCAGAUGGAAGACAUUCUACAGUAUGGAAACUAUAGAUUCUUUGGGGAAAUAAUUAGGGGUCAACUUUAAACCCUCUAAAAUUGACAAUUGACUUAAUAGGACCAUUAUAUUAUGGGGUUAUGAUGAUUGAAAAUUGUCACAUUUGUUACUCCACUGGCACGAGUUUUGCUUAUUCAUUCAAAAGAGGCGAUCAUCUUCACUCAUACUGCUGUACAUGAAGUGUCAUUUUCUGCUUGUUAUGUGAUGGGGGUGUCUGACCCCUUACCAGAGGCUCAUUGUCUUUCCCAGUUGGCAAGCAGGAAUGCAUAAUUUAGUUUAUGCUUUGAAAAGGUUGUGUGUAAUAAAAUGUAAAAUGCCUGUUGCCCAGAGCAUUUGCAAAAUAUUUGAAUGUUUCUCUUUUAAUAAAAAUACAAUUGAAAGAA